CUAAAGCGACACAAUUGUUCUGCCAGAUCAGCCUUCAUCACUCCAGGAUACUGCGCCAUCAGAGGGGUCUAACCCUCAUAAGAGCUCCACACUCAAGAAAAUGAUGCUUGAUAACAAAACAUCAGGCCACCACAAUGAAACACUGUGGUUGUAUGAAUGUAACCUCGAGCUGGACCGAGAAUCUCGGCGCAUUGCUUUGUUCCUGCUCUACUUGCUCCUGUUCAUGGCUGGUUUGGUCGAGAACUGCCUGGUGGUUUGGGUGAACUGGCGCCGAAGACACUCGGCCAGCGGCGUGCUCUUCUGCGUUAUCAAUAUCAGUCUGUCCGACCUGAUGGUGGUUUUCACUAUGCCCUUUUUCAUGCUGGAGGUCACCAUGGACAGGGUUUGGAUUUGGGGCCGAUUCCUGUGCAAGGUUACUCACCUCAUCUACGUCAUCAACUUCUACAGCAGCUCCUUCUUCCUGGCCUUUAUGACUCUGGAGCGGUACCUGACCAUAACUCGGCCAACCACGCCCGCCUGCUUUCCACUGCAGCCCAGGCACCGGAGAUGGCUGCUUUGUGCCGGAGUGUGGCUUCUGUCUUUGUUGCUGGCGUUGCUUGAAAAUGUGCACGUGGACCUGCUUGAAUGGGACGAACCGGGCUGCUACAUGAUGCCUGAGCUGCAUUACAUUGCGUGGUUCGUCUCAGUUAGUUUCUUCUGCCUUAUCUUCCAGUUUCUAGGGCCUGCGUCAGUUAUCAUCACUUGUAACAUCCUGAUAGCACGGGCCGUACGGGCCUCUCCGGAAGUCCAGAAUCGUAGGGACGUUUGGCUGUUGCACGUGUACUCGCUCGUCUUCGUGGUCUGCUGGUUACCUUACCAUAUCGUGAUGUUCCUAAUGAUGGUCGAUGACCUGAACUCAGACUUGAUGUCCUGCAACACUGUAGAUAUUCUCUACUACGCUUUUAGCGUUGUACAGUGCAUCUCGCUCCUCCAUUGCAUCGCCAACCCCAUUCUCUAUAACUUCCUGAGCAAGAACUUCCGCACCAACCUCUACAACGAUAUACUUUCCAGAAUUUCCGCCGCACCUGCCAACUCCGCAGCCGGCGGUGCGGGGACAGCUUCACGAAAAGAGCGAAAGCUCAGCAACGCCAGCACCAGUCACUCAGAAAUAGAACCAUAGGAAGGGAAGUCACAACGAGGUCUAUUGACAGAUAUGAAGAAGCAGCAAAUAUCUGAGCCCAUUUGCCAGAUUCCAUCGAAAUAACUGUUUUACAAUAUGUCCAUGUCUCUGUAUCCUAACACCUUCAUGUAGAGACCAUUUCAGAACAAUUAUUCAGAUUUUAUUUGUUAAAAAAAAAAGAACAAGGGUUUCGAGGAUCAUGCAUGUGUAUAAACUAUUCUUGUGAAUUUCUCAGCGCAAGAACUGAUCACCAGUCAGAAAUAACAAUUGAAGACACUGGACAGUUUGUUAUAUUUGCUUGUAAACACUGGAGCUGGACAAGUCAAAAGUGUAUGUAAAAGUAAACAGCUUUAAAGGUUUCUGUCAGUGGGUUUAAAAGAGGAAGGAUGAAAGCGCCCUAGAUCACAUUCCCAUAGGAAGUUGCUGACAAACAUGAUAAAAGGAAGUCCAGCAAUCAAAUAUUUGCAGAUGAACAAGAUUAUGAUAAUGUCUGUACACUGGAUGAAAUAAAUAAUUUGACUUCAAUGCUA